AUGUCGCCACUUGUUGCUGCUGAAGCUCUUCUUGAAUGUGAAUUCAAAGAGAAUGACAACUUGAUCAGUGUCUUAUCCAACAUUAAGUCAUCAAAAGCAUCUCUGGAAGAUGCCCAUAUCGCCUCCUUGGUCAGAGGACUUUGUACGCAUAAUUCGAAACUACUUACUAUGCUUCAAGAAUGCCAAACGGAUAUGAGACAGGAUGAAUCCUCUCAUAUGGAACGAUUUAAACAAUUGGUUAACAGCUUCAUACUUUGGUUUGAUACCGCAAUUACAGUCUUUGAAAAAUACUUGCAGUCUAUGCCCCUCAGAGGUGCUCCAAAAGUCUUGGAAUCACCCAUUUUGCAUUGCGGGUGCUACAUUGCUUUCAUCGACUCCUCAACUCUUCUUGUCAGGAACCCUUUUGUUCUUGACAAGUUGCUGGCAUGCAAGUCCAGACUUGAAGCGUUGCUAGAGAAAUAUUCCGAGCGCCGAGAGGAAGAAAGAUUGAGUAACAUCUCCUUUGAAAAAGUUCAAUCUUUCGGCAAUCGAACUACAGUGGGAACCCAUUUUACUUUGAAACAAAUUGUUGAAAGAUCGAAAGAUGCAGCUAUAUGUAUGGGUGGACUUCCUGUUGAGUUGCUCUUGUUGAACUUAACAAAGACUUCUUCGAGUGGAGACUCUUUCUAUAAUGCUUUGGCUAUCCUUGAGGUCUCAAAUUCAAAUGAGAGAAGAUUUGUUAUGUUUCCACCUUUCAGAGUCAAUGAGUUGACAAUGAUAUUCUCCGAUGGCUCAAUUGUCCUCAAGCCCAUAUCUUCCACUUCAGACGAGAGGAAUGCUACGAAUCCUAUCAUUCUCACAGGCUCGCAGAAAGUGCUCCAAAGCUGGUUCACAAAAUUGGAGGAAAUAUUUUCCACAAAUGAAAAGCCUAUCACGUCUCGGAAUGUGAAAUUACAUGGAUUAGGGAUUGAGGCAAUUUCCGAUGAGGACUCUGAACCUCGCUGCUCGUCCUCUUCAUCAUCUUCAUCUUCCUUGGCUUUAGGCUCAGCUUCAUCGCAUGACCUUAAUUCGAAGAUUUCUGAGACUUCCAAGAGAGAUUCUUCUUUGAUCAUGAAGAAAACCUUAUCCAAUCAUGGCAUUGAAACACCCGAGCAAGUCAAUAAGGCAGCUCUCGUGGUUGAACAAAUUCAACCAAACUCUUCUAAAGCAGAGUAUAGACAUACCGAAGAUGAUAUAUCUCCAUUGGCUCCUGUGGAUCUGAAUGACGAUGGCAUUCUUACAUGUUUCGAAUUGGUAAACAACAACAACCAAUUUAAAAAUAAGGCUGCGUCUUCGUCCCUUCCAAAUUUAUUACCUCAGCCCCAGAAAGUAUACAAGAAUAUGGCUGGUUCUGCUAUCGAUAUUCAUAAUUUUGGGAAAAACUACAACCCAUCAUUCACAUCGCUUGUUAAUGAAGAAACGACUGACUCCAAAAAGGAGGUUAGAGGCAGAAGAAAGUCAUUGUUUAGUAUCUUCAGAAAGAAUAAAUCGAAAAAUGAUUUGGUGUUAGGCGAGAGUGAAGAACAAUCAUUUGAAAAGACCAAGACAGUGCAGCCCGACUUUUCACAUGUUGCAGCACCUAAUGGUGACACUACAACAAAAACGAUCCGUCAGAAACCUAAUCUUUCAAUUAAGGUGCCAGGAAUUGAGGCAGAUGUGCAAUCCAAUGCACCUUUGAGCUCAGCAUCAUCUACUUUCGAACGUACUUUACCGCUGCCUUUUGCAUUACCAAGCUCUACAUCAACUUAUUUCUUCAAGACUAAUAUGGCAGGUAAUGGAUCACCUCAUAACAAUAGCUCGACAAGCUUGUUACAAUCAGGAAAUGAAGAGAAAUUAUCUAUUCCUGAAAAUUUGAAGGAAGCCAUCAAUUCUGACGAAUCCGUCGACGUGUAUAUCUCACCGUCAUCUCCGAAGUCUAUCAAAGUUUCAAAAUGGAAGACAAAGCACGGAAAAUGGGAGAUGUUGACCACCAGCGACAACUUGUUCGUGAAAAUUGUAGCCAAUUAUAGCUUGGCCGAAAGUUGGUUGUUAGUCUUCAAGGAAGAAUAUGAUGAUGAGUAUCAAGAAAUGGCAGAUAUUCCGCUUUUGAUUCUUAAAAUUGACUCGAAUACUAAAGUUAGACAGUCUUCUGCGCUUGACUUGGAGAUCUCAGCAACAAACUCUAUCACUAAAGAAAAGAUGCUCAUAAUAGCUCGUUGUUACAAUGCGGGACUAUUGAGCUCCAUCUCCACUAACUUGUUGAACGUCAGGGAUACGAUCUCUAACGACCUGAACUAUAAACAGCUUUCAAGUUGCGAAUCAAACAACACUUUGGCUUCGUCACUAAUGAGCGCAAAGCCUAGUGCUUCAUCCACCCUUAACAGCAUUUACACAGCCUUGAAUGAUUGUAAAUCGCCAGCGCAGUCUAAUUCUUCCCCUGAAAGUGUCAAUAAAUCCGGACUCAAUAUGUUGUUGAUGGAUCGAAUGACCGUCAAGCUCCAUAAGCAAUUGGAGUCUUACGAAAGAAUUCACCAUAUUUCUUCGUGGAAGGCUAUUUCAAUGUACACGAUGGAAAUUUUCCAUUCAACAGAACAUGGGAAAGAUGGAGGGACGUAUCAUUUCGAAUUGAAACCACAAGGUGAUUAUAAUGAGAAAGAAGUACCUAUUUUCCUGUGGGCGUUCGAAGGGUCAAACAUAUUCGACAAGAUAGAAACAAUCGGAAAGGCUGGACUACUAGUGAAGGUGGAUCCAAAUGAAAUCUUCAUGGUAGAAUGUAAAGGAAAGAGACAAUUAGCCCGUCUCUAUGGAAUUUUUUAG